AUGGAGCUUACAUCAGCAUGUUCAGUGGACACUAGCGAUCGGGGACUUAUAUUCGUUUUUGUGGAGAGGUGGCAUAAGGAAACUAGCAGUUUCCAUCUUCCUGUUGGAGAGGUGACCAUCACCCUGGAUGAUGUGGCCUCUCUACUUCAUCUUCAUAUUAUAGGCACAUUCAACAGCUUUGAGACUUCGCAUGUCGACAAAGCGGUGUUGAUGUUGGUGGAGUUACUUGAAGUCCCCAAAGAGGAAGCUAGAGCUAAAAUAGCACAAUGUCAUGGGGCAUACGUAUGCCUAUCACGGCUACGAGAUAUUUAUCAGAAUAAAUGGGAGGCCGAACAUUGGACUAUUGCAGGUCAUGCUUAUUUGUUGCAUUUGUUAGGUUGCACUCUUUUUUCUAACAAGAAUGCAACACAUGUUCAUGCUGGUUUUUUAGACGCUUUCCGGGACUUUAGUCAGAGUGGAAGCUAUGCAUGGGUAGCUAUCACCCUAGUUCAUAUGUAUGAUAAUUUGAAUGAUGCUUGUAAGAGCAGCAACCGACAGCUUGCUGGUUACAUCACCCUAUUGCAGUGUUGGAUGUAUGAGCAUUUUCCCUCUGUUGCUGAGUCUUUGACUGAUCCAGACUAUGCUGAGAUGUCACCACGUGCCUGCCGAUGGAUUUUUAUGAAGGCUUCUUCGAAGUCAUUACCAGCAUCUACGUACUGGAAACGUCUAGAUGGACUAACGAUUGCUGAUGUUUGUUGGAUGUUUUACGGUCAUAUACGAUGGGAUCACGUUGUCGUCAAACACCGACCAGAGAGGGAUAUGCGGAAAUCUGGAUAUGUUCAGACCAUUCCUUCAGAGACUACGGGUUCAAUGUUAUAA